AUGCUGAGCAAUAGAGUGCGUAUACAGACGCAGGUCUGCAGGUGGGUUCAUAGUACAAAGUUGUGUCGAAAACAAAAUAACCCUACUGAAGUUGUUACAUUUAAUGAAGGUGAUGAUGUUUCUUCAGUCAAAGAACAGUCAUUAUUUAAUGAGGUGUUUAGCCAAAUGAUGAAGAAAGAACGUAAAAAUCCUGCAAGACAACAAUCAAGUCUUCUACCAGACAUACUCGAUGAUAUGGAGGCUGAUGAUCAAAGUAAUGUUCAAAUUGUUUUUGAGAAGAGAAGAACCAGAGAUGAUAAUGACAAAUUCAAGAAAAUCAUGGAAAGCUUAAAUAAAAAUACAAAUUCCGUAGCAGACAUGAGAGAUUCUGCACGACUUACCACAUCGGAUAUUAGACAUUAUCCUGUCUCGUUGACACCUAGUUACUUUACUGAACUUGGGGUUGAGGAUACAAAUACAACGAAUAAUAUUGGAUCACAAGUUCCUUUUGGUAGAGGUCAAACUAUAUCUGAAGGGUUCUUAUCGGAUGCAUCUACGUAUGAUAAUGUAGGGUUGGAUUCAAAGAUAUUAGACGAAGUUAAGAACAAACAGCUUUAUAAGAUUACGCAGGAAAAGGCCUUGGGACCCCACAUCCAAUAUUUAAUUAAAAGUAUCAAAACGGACAAGGAUUUGUUAGACCAAUUACAGUCAUACUUCAAAGAAUACAAGAGAGAUGUAUCAGCUGAAAGGCAAGUAAAAAAUAUAUUAAAUGAGAUUGAACAUAGCUGUAAAAAAUCGCCGAACAAAUUACCAAAACCACACUCCAUAACUUUGCCAACAAUCGUUAGAAUUCUGUUUACUAAAGAAGAAUUUAAUUUCUCAAGCCCCACCAAGUACAACCUACUUUCUAUGAUUUAUCAUAAAUGCAAAAGUUCCAAAGACUUAUCACUUUAUCUACAAGUCUGCAAUGUAGAUUUCUACAACCUGUUACUUAAGUAUACCUGGGAGAAUUUUGAAGAUAUUCAUGCCAUGAAAAAACUGCUAAGUGAGAUGAGUGUGAAUGGCGUUAUGGGAGAUAUAUAUACAGUUGAAAUCGUGGAAAAAAUGCUAGAGACGGUAAAAUAUAUGGUGGAGAAUAUUCUCGAUGAAGAUGUUUCCGAAGAUGUGUACUCUAUUGGCAUUCAAUGGUGUAACGAUACCGCUAAUGAUGUAGAGAGUAUAGAAAAAUACCUGCAAAACUUGAAAGUGAGUAUUUAG